CGGCCAGGCAAGUCGAGAGUCAAAGACCGACUUGGGCUCUGGGGCGCGGCAUCAGAGCAUAAUGUCCUCUACCAAUAUCAGUUCUCCAACGCCAAAGAGGUCUUCCUGAGUAUGAUCCAGACCGAGACCCCGUACUUCCAGCCGGUGCCCGGCUCCGGCGCCCUUCGUCCCGGGCGGCUUCCCCAGCGACCCGACGUUCGAAGAUUGCGCCCCCUCGUCCAAGAGAUGCGCCAUGUCCUGGGCCGUCCGAUCAUCGGUUCAUCGGACAUCUUCAUCUACAGUGCCGGACUAUACAGUUGAUUCUCCGAAUACGGCCAGGCAUGCGUCGACACCGGGAACUGCCAAGACCGUGCCAUCGAGGUCAAGCAAGCCUCAGGGUUAUGGCUGUAUACCCUCGCCACUAAGGCCGUCAUUGAGGUAGUCAGCCCGGUGGGCGUGUCGGCGACCAACGCCGCUGCGAAUCAGAACGGCUUCGUCUCGUCCACCCUGGCCUGGCUCGAGGAUCGAAAGAGCCAUCGGAGGCAAUUUUUAAGGCUGGGAAGUCUUCCAGAACGGCUCCCUGGCUCAUUCAGGACUGAUCAAGCCUUGCGUUCGACCUGGUAAUAGGCUGGCA